AUGGCUCGUGCUAGACUGAACAUCCCGAUCAUCGAGUUUUUGAAGAAUCGUAUAUACCUCGGCGCUUACGACUAUACUCCCCAGGAUACCCAUGACUUAGUUUAUUUUACCGUGGACGAUGCGUUAGUGUACAACUCGUUUCAUUUGGACUUUGGUCCCUUGCAUAUCGGAAGCUUGUAUCGUUUCGCCGUAGUGUUACAUAAUAUCUUGAAUGAAGAGGCUAAUCUGGGCAAGGCUGUCGUGUUUUAUAGUGGAACAUCUCCCAAGGAGCGUGCCAACGCUGCAUGCUUGCUUGCAUGCUAUAUGGUGUUGGUACAAUCGUGGGCUCCACACCAGGUCUUACAGCCACUUUGUCAAGUGGAAGUCCCAUUCCAACCAUUCAGAGACGCCGGAUACUCCACGGCAGAUUUUGAAAUCAGCAUCCAGGACAUUGUUUACGCUAUGUGGCGGGCUAAAGAGCGUGGAAUGAUUGACUUGACCUCUUUCAACUUGGAGGAGUAUGAGCAAUACGAGAGAGUGGAUCAGGGUGACUUCAACUUAAUCUCCAAAGAUUUUAUUGCAUUUGCAUCGCCUCAACAGAGCCUGAGAAAGCCCGGAGCACUCAAUGAGCCCUUCAAGAAAGUUCUUAACUACUUCAUGAGCUCCAAUGUUCAGCUUGUGGUGAGACUCAACUCGCAUUUGUAUGACGCGAAUGAGUUCACUAAGCGUAGCAUCAAGCAUAUCGACAUGAUUUUCGAGGAUGGUACGUGUCCUACUUUGGAUUAUGUGCGCAAGUUCAUUGGUGCUGCUGAGUGCAUCAUCAAUAAGGGUGGUAAAAUCGCGGUCCACUGUAAAGCUGGCUUGGGCAGAACUGGAUGCCUUAUCGGUGCUCAUUUGAUCUACACCCAUGGCUUCACCGCCAACGAAUGUAUCGCCUACAUGCGGAUGAUCCGUCCCGGAAUGGUGGUGGGACCUCAGCAGCACUGGUUGUACUUGCACCAACAUGAGUUUAGAGACUGGAGACACACAAUGUGCUUGGACAACAGACCAGACCUAUUCAUUGGCGGGCUCUUUUCAUUGGUUCCCUACGAAGAUUUCAAGGCAAGGUUGAAACAAGAGGCUAAACAGAGAAAACAACAACAGCAGCAGCAACUCAACUCCUCUUACUUGAGUCCGCUCGAUUCCUCAUUCAACACCACGCCUAUUCGUAGAAGAAAAAUUAGCGGAGCACUUGCCUCGAAAAUCCAGAAUGCUGUACCCAUGGAAUCCCCUGGCCAGCCUAGAAAAUACAAGGAUUCAGCAAACGAGCUUGUUCUUGACGUGAUCAACAACUCCGACGAAGAAGGAAAUGGAACCGCCUCCAUGCAUGAUCCAGAGAACCAGUCAGCCACAUUCGAACACGAGAUCAACACUGCAGAUGGAGAAAUUUGUCAUAGCUCUCCCAAAAGAGAUAGAGAUACAAGCGAUUGGAAAGUGUUGAGAUCGAUCUCUACAAAUAGCACCCACCAGCCCGUAUCUAUGACCAAAACCACCACUACAACCACUACGCGGACAAUCAGCACCACGUUGACUUCUUCACCAACGUCACCAGGAGGUAGCAAGCUUCCCAGGUCUCGGUCGGGGACUAAGAUUAGCGGAGGAAUUCUUCCAGGGAAGAACGCAACCAGAAUUCAGUCUGGAGGAAUCCGCAAAGUAAGUGGCCGCAAGUACUAA